AUGAAUUCAUCAUCAAGUUUACAAAUAUUAAAUUCCUAUUAUGAUACAAUAAUAGAAGAUCUUGUUUCACAAUAUUCAUCUCAAUCAUCGAAAAAUAAUUCUCUUCAAAUGGUUUUAUCUCAUUUUAAAAAUGUUCUUGAUUAUAAUAUAUGUGAUGGAAAAAAACUUCGUGGUACAACUGUUAUUGAUACAAUACGUUUUAUAACAUCAGAAUCUGCUGAUGAAUUAUUAUUGAAACAUGCAGCUGUACUUGGAUGGUGUAUUGAAUUACUUCAAGGUGCGUUUCUUGUUGCUGAUGAUCUUAUGGAUCAUUCAUUAACAAGACGUGAUAAACCUUGUUGGUAUUUAAAAGUAAAUGAAAAAGAAUCAGCUGUUAAUGAUUCAUUUUAUUUAUAUUCAUGUGCAUUUGUAUUAUUAAAGAAAUAUUUUCCAACAAAUGUGAAAUUAUAUCAUUUAUUUAGUGAAAUUUUUCAACGAACUGUCAUUGGACAAGGUCUUGAUUUAGAAACUCCAACAUAUUUACCAUCAAUUGAUUUAUAUACAGAAGAACAUUAUUAUACAGUUGUAACAUGGAAAACAGCUUAUUAUACAAUUGUUUUACCAAUUAUUUGUGGUUUAUUAAUAAGUCCAUCAGCAGAUCUUGCUGAUCAUUCGGAAUUAAAAUCUCUUGCUGUUGAUAUUGGUAUAUAUUUUCAAGUUCAAGAUGAUUAUCUUGAUUGUUUUGGUGAUCCAAAUAAAACAGGUAAAAUUGGUACUGAUAUACAAGAACGAAAAUGUUCAUGGCUUAUUGUUCAAGCUAUUAAAUUAUUGAAAGAUAAUGAUGAAAGACGAGAAAUUCUUCGUAAUAAUUAUGGUUAUGAUGAUUUAACUAAAGUUCAAUGUGUUAAAAAUAUUUAUCAAGAAUUAAAUUUAAAAGAAGUUUAUCAACAAUAUGAAGAAAAAACUUAUGAAGAUAUAUCAAAACGUAUUUCUCAAGCUAAUUUUAAUUCCAAACAACUUGAACAAUUAUUAAAACAAAUUUUAGAUAGUAUUCAUUCUCGAAGCAAAUGA